AGCCCCCCUACAGUACUCCUUACAAUCACAUUUAGACUUUUAUUAAUCAAAAGAUAAGGAAGUCUACGAUACCUCAUAAAAAGCUAUCUGUUGCAUUCCCAUUCAUCUGAAUGGCAGUUGCUUGACAUGUACAUGACACCUAUAAAUACACAAGCUGUCAUCUUUGUUCAUGAGCAAUGCCUAUAUUUGUCAGUACACAUGGCUACCUGUGAAUUACAUUUAUGCAUUUAGCAGACACUUUUAUCCAAAGAGACUUGUAUUCAGGCUAUACAUUUUUUUAUCAGUAUGUGUGUUCCCUAGGAAUUGAACCCACAACCUUUUAGGCUGCUAACGCAAUGCUCUACCACUGAGCCACAGGAACACUGUUAGACACUCAUGUUUCUUGGGCAUACAGUGGUGUAGUUAUGGCAUGAACCAUCUAAGUGGACCAUGCUGACCCAUUAAACUUUUAGCCUGUGCAUAAAAAUAGUAGAUUUAUUGGAAUUAUCCAGAAAUGUAGAUUAUAUAUUGUCAUUACGUAUCUUUUCAGUCAUGGCAUCCUCCAGUGGUGCACUAAAUGAGGAGCUCCAGUGCUCCAUCUGUCUGGAUGUGUUCACUGAUCCAGUCACCACUCCAUGUGGACACAACUUCUGCAGAACCUGCCUGAACAAGUGUUGGACAAACACACAGACCUGCUUCUGUCCAUUAUGUAAAGAGACAUUCAGCAGAAGACCCAAUCUCAAGAUUAAUACAACAUUCAGAGAGGUUGUGCAACACUUCAAGGAGAAGCUUAGUCUACAAAGAUCUGAGGUGUUCUGUGACAUCUGUGAUGGAAGAAAGCAGAAAGCUGUGAAGUCCUGCAUGACUUGUCAAAGCUCUUACUGUGAGACUCACCUGGAGCCUCAUCACAGAGUCUGGCGUCUAAAGAAACACACAUUGAUCAACGCUGUGGAAAAUAUGGAGGAUUAUAUAUGCCAGAAACACCAGAGACCUCUGGAGCUGUUCUGCAGAGAUGAUCAGACGUGUGUGUGUCUGUCCUGCACUGAAGGAGACCACAGGACUCACAACACUGUUCCUGUAGAGGAAGAGAGUAGAGAGAAGAAGAAUCAGCUGGUUCAGACACAGACAGACGUGCAGCAGAUGAUCCAGAACAGAAUGAAGAAGAUUCGAGAGAUCCAGCACUCAGUAGAGCUGAAAAGGAGGAAUAUAGCUAAAGAGAAAUCAGACAGUGUUAAGCUUUUCACUGACCUGAUCAGCUCCUUUGAGAGAUGUCAGUCUGAGCUGCUGAAGAUGAUGGAGGAACAGCAGAAAGCAGCAGAGAAACAGGCUGAAGAUCUCAUUAAAGAGCUGCAGAAGGAAAUCACUGAUCUGAAGAAGAGAAACACUGAGCUGGAGCAGCUCUCACACACUGAUGAUCAUCUGCGCCUUUUACAGAUGUUCUCAUCCCUGUACAGUCAUCAACACACCAAGAACUGGACUGCGAUCAGUAUUGACUCUGACGUGAAUGUGUUCCAUCUGCAUAGAGCUCUGACUCAAAUGAAGAAAACUCAUGAGACAUUAAAUGAACAACUCUGUCAAACUGGGUUGAGGUGGGCACGCAAGUAUGCAGUGGAUGUCACUCUGGAUCCUGAUACAGCGAAUCCGUAUCUCAUCCUGUCUGAUGAUGGAAAACAAGUCAGUCUUGGAGAUAUUGAGCAUGAUGUCCGAAAUACUCCAAAAAGAUUUAAUGUCUGUUAUUGUGUUCUGGCAAAGCAAGGAUUCAGUUCAGGAAGAUUGUACUAUGAGGUGCAGGUGAAGGGAAAGACUGAGUGGGAUUUAGGAGUGGCCAGAGAAUCCAUUAACAGGAAGGUGACAAACACACUGACUCCAUUUAAUGGAUUCUGGACUGUGGCUCUGAUAAAUGAGAAUGAAUAUUUAGUUUGUGAUGAUCCAGUGGUUUCUUUCCCUCAGAGAAAGACACCUGAGAAGGUAGGAGUGUUUGUGGAUUAUGAGGAGGGUCUGGUCUCUUUUUAUGAUGUGGGCUCUAGCUCUCAUAUCUGCUCUUUCACUGGUCAGACUUUCACUGAGAAACUCUAUCCGUAUUUAAGCCCUUGCCUUAAUGAUGACGGUAACAACUUAAGCCCAAUGAUCAUCACACCUGUCAAAUAAAACAAAUUCACCUGAAAUAUGAAACAUGACACCUGGAAAAGUUAUGUAUGCAUGUGCUGUUUUUUUAAAGGAUUGCACAAAAACAAAAAUUAAUCUGUACACCAAAUCAAAAAAAAAAAAAAAAAAAAAAAAUGUCAGAAGGCAGAGUCUAGUCUACAAUCCAUUAUCAAAUCAGAUUUUACUGAAUAAUUUUAAAAAGUCUUGUGAUAAGAAAUAAAUAGAUCUUUUAAAUUUGUAUAAUAAUGACUUGUUCAAACAUUACUGUUUCUUUUGCUAUAGAUUUGUUUUACAUUUAAGAAUUAAAUACAACGCUAAUUGGCGUUAAAGUACUGAAUCAAUAAGCAGAGUAGCACAAGUAGUAAGAGUAGUAAUACAGUUAAAACCUUAAUGAUACCCAUCCCUACAUUCUUCUAUGGGUCACACGUCUUCAUGUGAUACAAAUUCACAGGACAGAGAUCACCAAACUGGAACUCUGGAAUGCUUGGGCUCCGAAAGAUUUUAGUUUAGCUCCAAAUGUUAUUAUUAUUAUUAUUUUUUUUUUUUUCAAAUGUACAACUGUCCAGAAGUUUAGUUGAAUUGUGCUAAGUAAAUGUUAGCUGUUUAAGGUAUUAUAUGGCAAUACAUAUUAUAACAAUAUCUGUAAUCUAUAUUGGUUCAUUGGGAAGGAGAGUCCCAUCCAUCCCCAGCUCAUGUGCAUUUAGCCUAUUGAAGUGGUGUCCAGGAGGUAUUCGUCUGCAAUUAUUUGUUGGCAAUGUAAUGUUUUGUUUUGUUUUUCAUUAAUAAUAAUGAGCCACAAAUAAAGCAUUCAUUUAAAGUAAGGGGAAAAUCUAAAAAUCUCUUUCAGGUAUACAUCAGUCUUAUUCGUUCUGUUAAUAAAAGUUUUGUUUAUCAUAAAUGACUUUUUCAAUGAGGUACUGCUGAUGUUUUUUUUUUCCAUUAAGGGUAACAUUAAAGGUCCCAUGGCAUGAAAAUUUCACUUUAUGAGGUUUUUUAACAUUAAUAUGAGUUCCCCUAGCCUGCCUAUGGUCCCCCAGUGGCUAGAAAUGGCCAUAGGUGUAAACCGAGCCCUGGGUAUCCUGCUUCUCUUUGAGAAAAUGAAAGCUCAGAUGGCCCAAUCUGGAAUCUCCCCUUUAUGUCGUCAAAAGGGGAAAGGUUACCUCCCCUUUCUCUGCUUUGCCCGCCCAUGAGAAAAUGAGCUUCUACCGUGCGAGGUGAGCGCAAUAUUUUUUUUCCCUUGAGAGACAUCAUGGCUUGCAAACGAGCGAAGCAUGGCAGUUGCUCAGUGUUUGGAUGUACAAAUGAACACCAAAGUAUUUUUUAGUUCCUUCAUCCAAGCCUAUGGCUAGCAUUAGCUACAUGAUAAUAACUGUAACAGCAUACAUAAACAAACCAACUAAACUACCGUAUCCAGACACAAUAUUUUAAACUAACCAUUCGGAGACGUCCUGCUGUAGUCACUGAGUUGCAACUUCUUCAUCCAGUGCUUCUCCAUCCGGAUCAGAUUCUGGGUCAAACUGAAAAGUCUACGAGCCAUUGCGAUACAUCCACUGUCAACAUUAGCGCAUUGGUAGCGCAUGCUAGCGCAAGCUGGUUAAGGCCACACACCCACCUUCCACCUUGCCCCGCCUCUCUCCUCCUCAUUAGCAUUUAAAGCUACAGACACAGAAAUGGCACGUCCUAAGGAAAGCUCAUUGUGGGACUGGCUCGUAGUGGCUGAAAUUCUGCACCAAGGCUGAAUUUCGGGAAAGAGACUUCAGAUACAGUAUUAGGGACGAUUUAGGCCUAUAUAAAAGUAUCCAAAAAGCAGCAUGUCAUGGGACCUUUAAAUAAACCUUAAGCAUUAAUUUUGUUCCAAGAAUAGGAAAGAUCUAACAUUAAAGAUCAAAAUUAAUGCUACAGAUGCGAGAACGUGAGAGGUGCUGCUGAUGUAAAUAGACGCUCUCACUCUUUCUCUGCUAUCUUUUUGCAAUGGCUGUAGAAAUAGUCAUUAAUUUUUCAUUUGGGUAUGGCACAGACAUGUUACAGGUAAUAAUAUGAGAAAAAAAUGAGAAAAUGGAGUCUUUAUAUAGGAGUCUUCGUAGGGAAUUUCCAGACCUCAUGAUGAGUCAAGACAUUGGAAUCCACCUGCUGUCUAUAAAGAACUGAAGUACGAUGAAGAGAAUCAGAUGCUGGUUCUGUGUGACAGCUUCUCCGGUGCCGGCGGCCUUGCCAGAGAUGCCUCUAGACAACCG